CACUCAGCUUCACACUGGAGAACUUGAUCUUGACCAACACGUUUGGAUUCAUUGGAAGAGGAAGAAAAGAAAAAUCCUCAACACUAAAUCCAAAGUCUGAGCUGUGAAUACCAAGAAGGUUUUCAUCAUCAAUCUCAACUGUUUUAAAGCUUGGAUAUCUGAACCCGGCAUCAACCUCUUGGGAACAUUUAGCAUUUUUUCCACCUCUCUAUUUUUUAUUUCUUUUUUUUUCCCACUCUUGGGAUUUAAACUUCGGCCGGUCCGUGUGGUCGCCCCCUCCUUCCCGGAGAGGGUGUAAAGUGGACGUUGGCCCGGAGAUGCGGUGCUUUCUCCCGCUUACUGUGUAUUGCAUCAGCCUGGUUUCCCUCCAGCAGCUGCUGGCUCUGCCGGCGCAGGAGCGUCCCGACACCGACAGGUUGGACCUCCUCAACAAGCUCUUCGACCAGAGCGAGGACGAGGCCUCAGCGUCAGAAAUCCAGACUACCAGUGUCGCCCCCUCCGAAGCACCUAGCAAAUCCCCAAAAUGGAUGCCUGGUUUACCGACACAGAAGCCCGCUUCAGGAGCAAGACCACCCUCACCAAACCUGGCAUGGGCAAGACCAGCUGACUCUUCAAAAAUUGAACGUAGGGCCCUCAGGGCUCGGCGCCACACCCAUUCGGGAUCACGAAACAGUCACCACUACCCCCAGCAUGCCCAGUUAAUGAGAGUGGGAUGUGUCCUGGGAACAUGCCAAGUGCAGAACCUCAGCCACCGACUCUAUCAGCUCAUUGGUCAGAGCGGCAGAGAAGACUCGUCCCCCAUCAACCCCAGGAGCCCCCAUAGUUAUGGAUGAGUUUUGGCAAUUUGAAACACCCAUAGCAAGUCUAUCUAUAUUUUCAUUUAUUUAUCUCUUAACGUAUUACUAUUAGUUUUUGCAUUAGAGUUUGAUGUAGUCCAUUUGUUUAUCUAUUUCAAAAUGACAAUUAUAAUCUCAUAAAUGUGUCUCUUUGGCUUUUUGUGCCGACUGAUGGAUUUGGAGACUGAAGUUAAAGAUUAUGACUGACUGAAUCGUCUUUAAAAGCACAUAUUUGAGUAUGCCAUUGACCCUGAGAAUACCUGCCUUAUGAGGAAAGCUAUGUCAACAUCUUACAUAGUAUGGUAUGAAUUCCAAAUAAUGACUGGCUGACUCUACCUUGAUACCCAAAAGCCUAUAACGCUUGCCUUUCAAGGAUAUCUUUUUAGAAUCAUGAAGAUUCAAAUUCAGGAUAAAUUGGAGUUUUCUAUCCACGCUGAGAACGUUUGCCUUUUGAAGGAAGUCAUGUCAGUCUUUUCUAGUUCUCCCCUCUGAACUCCUAAAAGAAACCAAACGGCCUCCAUUUGACGUCUUAAUCCUGUUAAUGUAAGAGUGAAGGCUUGUCCUCAACACCAUCCAAUGGCCUGGCCCUGUCUGCCAACUGACCUCCCCAUUGAUGGUUAUCCCGCGGCUCAUUUAUCAAACACUUAAGCCCCUAAUGUGGAUUUCACUCUGCACUCAGACCAGCCCUGUCAAAACCAAUGUAUUCCCAAAGACCUGGUAAAUGACCCAAUGAACUCUUUUACCUCUUCUUGUUGAGCCCCUCUUCAUUGACAGCCUUGGAACUCCCAGGUCGUACCCAACUCCACAUGCAAGUUCAAUCUGAACACUGAAAUCCUUGGAAUAUCCCAAAAAGUUACAGUAGGACCAGGAAUUCAUCACUCAGUAGGACUUUUUUUUUCAGGACCAAAGUUUACAGUCAGAACCAGCCACAGCACUUUGGUUACACCCGAGUUUAAGUGCAUUCUGGGGUCAGGACUUAACCACACCAACUAAAAAUGAAAAGGAAGAGGGUCAGCAUCCAGGGCCCUAAAAGGAAUCUGAACAGAAACUGACUUCCCAAAGGAACACUUUCGGUGUUGCAUUAUAUUGGCCCAUCAGCCAACACAGCAGGUCGCAAAGAGAACCUGAGAGCCAUGGAUCUGGGCUCUGUCGCUGCCCUUCUGGCUUUCCCUGCCAGAGGUCAAGUGUGAAAUAUUAGCCCUUUCACGUGAUUCAUAAGUUCCCCUCGCAAGUCAGGACUUAGGGUUGGUGGUGGUUUAAUAAACCCGACCUUAUCGCUUCAGUCAUAUGUACUCUCACAGCAGGGGAGGGGGGCUCCUGAGCCUUCCAUGGUCCACCUAUUCAACAUUAAUAAAUCAAGGGUAAGGCCUGUGGCUUCCACACUCACAAAAUGAAAUGUUACAUCUUUAAGUUUUCAGAUACUUGGAGGUUGGUUGCAUCAGUGAAAACAAAUAUUUUUUCUUUAUUUUUAAAGCCUCGUCUAACUUGAAUUUCUUGUUCUGUGAAGAAAUGUUGCUGUUGUUCAGUGCUUUUUUGUUUAUGACAUUUGCUUGAAGUCACUCUUCAAGGUUUAAAGUAAACUCUGCUUACAUCUACAAUAUAAAUACAAAGUGCGGAUACUCAAUAGCAUGGGACCAAUCAAGCAAAGUAGACCAUUGGUUUAUUGUCUAUGCAAAGUAAUAUGUUUUUUGAUUUUUAUAACAAGCAUUACGAAAAACUAGAGGAAGAGCCAAGGGGGAAUGGCACAGUGCCUGCAAAAGAAAGUAGAAUGUGUUUGGGGAAAUUUUCUUUAAGAUAAUUUUAAGAAACCCAAUACUCCUCUCAAAUUCUCAAGUCAAAAUGAUGUUUUACCGGGCAUCAUUUUCCCACAUUCUUUGACCAAUUGGAGGUCAUUACAAAGCCUUUAAUGUUGGCGAAUCCACUAAUAUGUCAAAUCAUCCAAUAAAAGAAAAUGGUCUUGAGAUAGGUUGGAUAGCAAUAUACACUGAUAGAGAAUACAUUAAGGGUUUUGAAAAAGGAUAAUUGGCAACACAUUAUAGUUUAUGCACAGGUCUGUUCAGGAACCUUUUUUGUUCACAUGUAUUUAGUUUAAAGGGGUUUAAAUGAGUCCUGAGCUGACGGCUAAAAGCUCUGCUGUUACAUUGUGGGUUUCUAAUGAGAAACCCCAGCGACCAAAAUGUUAGGUGUUAGAGUGCCCAAUUUCAAAUAAAUGUGCACAGAACAGAAUAGCACCAUCAAAAAUACAUGCCCUGACAUUUCCUUUUUUCUAAAUUAGUCCGUCUCUGAAAUGGUGGGCGGAUUACAGGCCGAGAAUAACCGAGGUCAAGCCCUGCAAUUCAAAAUUUGACGGGCCUUAUACUUUCCAAACACAUGCAGCCCCAUCUAUAAAACGUACAUUUUUGUUGAGAAACACAAUUAUAUUACAUAUCACUGACAUACUUCUGUUCUUCUAUUCCAAGAUUUUACUAUUUGUUGGCCUGAGCGUAGCUUGCAAAAGAGUGGUUGAGCAUUUCAUUGUAGGAAAUCAGGCCAAGCUGUUGGCCCACUUUCUGAAUUUUGUGCACAGUUCAGCUUUGAUUAUGACUUGUUCAGUCACAUGAGUGUUUUUAGCCUUUGUUAUUGUGCAUGCAAUUUCACAUGACGCAUUAGUUUAAACUCACCAAAUACCUGGCAAUACUUGACAAAACGAAAAAAAACGUCUACGUCUUAUGAAAAUGUAUUCUUGUAUAUUUAUCUGGUAUUACUUUGGGUCUUAUUCAGUUUCUUCUUAUAUUUAGUCUCUCAGCCACAAUCUGGACUCUCUUGUGUCUGUAAGCAUUAGGAGGGUCUGGAGGUCACAGGGUAAUAUUCCUUAGUCCUAAUCUGUUCAAAGGCUUGCUGAGGUGAAACAUGCCAUUCUCUCUGCUGUAAUGGAGCUAAUCAAUGUCUCGUGACGGAUCAUUAAAAGACUUUUGAAACGCUCUAAAACCCUGGUGGAUCUCUUCUACUUUUCAAAUUGUGCUAAUUCUGUGUUUGAGCUGCUGUGCGUAGCCUAUCAGGAGACGUAUCUGCUGUGUUUAACCUGCUCUCUGGACCAUUGUGCUGCCUGACUCCCGCACUACGUUUUUUUUUUGUGUUCUCAGAAGUUGUAUCACGUAAAGUUGUGUGAACACGACCGCUAAUACCUCCCCGUAGAAACAGCCAGAGUCUUCAUGGCUCGCUCUUUGAAAAAGAGGAAUGAGAGCAGACAGACUCGGCGUGUGAAAAUAUUUCUGUUAGUUUUGUGAGAUAGUCAAUGCAGUCGCACGAUCUCCUUUAGGAUUACAGGAAAGCACUUUAAUGCAAACGCUUGUGUCGAGAGUUCCCCUCGUGAUGAAGUUGUGUAAGUUUGACGAGGCUCCUCUUGUAAAUGUUGCUUUUGAGAUGUGUUUUGAAGAUGUCGGUGCACUCCAUGUGGACGAUUGUGAACGACGUGUGCACCUAUAAAAAAAACAUAUUUAUAUUUAGCCAAACUAUUUAAGUAAAGUUAUGUAUUUAAGUUAUCUUUGUAUGUUCAUAUCUGUGUGUCGCCAAAGACUAUUUAUCUCUCCUUCAACGUGACCUUAUGGUAGGAAAGGAAGUCUUAACUGUAGUUCAAAUGUUACUGUUUAACAAUGUCCUUCUCUCUGUAAAAUAAAGAACUAUACUGUAGCA